CUUUAGACGCGCAAGCGCUAGCCGGUAGAUUUUACCUAGUUUUCAUUACACGGUUUACGCGUGCAGUCGAAAGCGAGGUGAUCAUCUAUUUUUGUUUGUCCAGAAUUUCGAAGCAAUUGCUAUCGAGCACAGAGAUUCAAUGUCUGCCAUUCUCAACGCAUGUGGAAAUGAUACUGGAUCUCCUUCAAUAUCAAAGGCUGAGGAUAAUCUAUCCAAUAGUGACGGACCGCUGAUUAAGGGCUGUGUUCGUCAAAAUAGCUGCAGUAGCGUACAUAUAAGUUCCGAAAACGUUAACCGAACGACGAUUGUAUCAUCUCAUACCAUGUCGGUAUCUAACGAGAAACUAGGAAAACGACACUAUUCUCUAUGGACCGUAACUUUCGUCCUAGCAAUAAUCGGUCUUUGCAAUCUCUUCCUUAAUAUCACUGUGAUAGCUGUUUUACGAAUCAGUCAAGGAAUGGAAGCAAUGGAAGUGAUACCUGAUGAGAAUCUUGUAAAAUUUUAUGGGAAAACCGACUUAGACAGGAUAUGCUUACAAUCAGGAAUUUGUCAAAGUUAUGGAGACGAAUCAAUGGAAAUUUCUGGUGACGAAGCUGGUGUGCAGAUACAAGUGAAUAAUCAUCGAUUAUACGAUGAAACACGUACCAAAGUAACGAUUUUAUCAAAUGGUACCACCAUGUCAAAAAUAGAAUCUUUUGAAGUGAAAGAUCCCCGAACUGGAACUAUCUAUUUCACUACUGAUUUUCCAAAUUUCGGUUUACCUGCGGGAGUAGAUAAAAUCGAUGUGAAAAUUGCCGAAACCCAUAGAAUUACAUCACCGGUUAAUGAAAGUCUCACUGUAAACUCCGACAAUCAAAUUUCUAUGCAGGGCGCAGAAGGCGCUAGCAUGGAAAGCAAAGAUAUUAUUUGGAGUGCAGAUACGGAUAUUUUCUUAAAAAGCAUUAACGGAAGCAUCGUCUUUAAUGCUAAAGAUGGUAUCUUUAUUGAUAUAGAGAAUAUACCAGUUGCGCCAAUGUUUCUACAGAAUUCUUCUGGUCACGAACAAUAUAAAGUUUGCAUUUGCAUGCCACAAGGAAAACUGUUUAAAGUGUUGGUUCGUACAGGUACUAGUAGUCGAUCAAUAAACUGUGCUCGCAUCAGUCGAACUCCAGAAAACGACCCUUGCUUGCGAUAGGAUCAAGCAAAUACUGAGUUUUCUUAUUACGAUUUUAUUAACAUAUCCAACACUGCCAAAUAUAUAGAACUAA